AUGCAGUGCCCUCGCUCUUCAUUGCACACGUUCCACGCCCUGUCGCGCGCGCUGCCCGCCGCGCGCGCGCCCGUCCCGUCGUCGUCGACCGCCGCCAUCUCGUCCCAGCAAGUCCGGCACGCCUCGUGGUCGCUCCCCUCGAUCCGCAACCUCCUGCCGCGCAAGCUGCAGCGCAGUGCCGCCGCCGAGGACGGUGAACCGGCGGCGCAGGCCGCAGGCGAGGACAAGGCGAGCAAGAAGGACGUGUUCGAGCAGGCGAUUGAGGACGAGGACGUCGCGCUGAGCCAGGCGAGGAGCGGGUUGUCGUUCGAGCGCGAGGUCAAGCAGGCGACUUUCCACAAGUCGUCGACGGCCAACUUCAAGACGUCGCGCCGCAAGCUCAACGACCUGUCGCGGCUCGUCGCCGGCCGGACGGCCGACGAGGCCAUCCUCCAGCUCCAGGCGUCGCAAAAGAAGCAGGCACCACGACUGCUGUCGAUGCUCGCGCUCGCGCGCGACCACGCCAUGGCCAAGGGGUUGAGGCGCGAGGAGCUCGUCGUCGCACAAUCGUGGGUGACCAAGGGCCCGGCGCUGCAGCGGCUCGACAUCAAGGGUCGGGGCCGGUUCGGGGUCAAGCACCACCCGUCGUCCAAGCUGCACGUGCUGCUCGCCGAGGGCGAGACGGACGAGGAGCGGCGCCGGUCGAGGAAGCGCGACCAGUGGCGCCGGAGCCUGAGGGGCUUGACCGAGGGCGACGGGGUCGGGGUCGGGCACGGGGCGAGGCCCGUCAUCAAUGCGCACGUCGGCGGGUGGAGGUGCUCGACCCCCCUUGUCCCGGAGACGCUCCUCAAGAAGCGCAAGUCGACUGAGAAGUCGCGCGAGGAGAAGAGGGCCACCGCCCUCGAGGCCCGCAAGGCCCGCAAGGCCAAGCGCUCGGUCAUCUUCAAGCGUGCCGAGCAGUACGUCAACGAGUACAACAAGAAGGAGCGCGAGGAGAUCCGCCUGAGGAGGCAGGCCAAGGCCAACGGCGACUUCUACGUCCCGGCCCAGCCCAAGGUCUACUUUGUCAUGCGCACCAAGGGUAUCAACAACAUUGCCCCGAAGCCGCGCAAGAUCUUGCAGCUCCUCCGUCUCCUCCAGAUCAACAACGGCGUCUUCGUCAAGGUGACCAAGGCGACUACCGAGAUGCUCCUCCGCGUCGAGCCCUACAUCACCUACGGCGAGCCCAACCUCAAGACGGUCCGCGAGCUCAUCUACAAGCGCGGAUACGGCAAGGUCAACAAGCAGCGCCUCCCGCUCUCGUCGAACCAGAUCAUCGAGGAGAACCUCGGCAAGUACGGCGUCCUGUCGAUCGAGGACAUUGUCCACGAGAUCGUCACCGCCGGCCCGCACUUCAAGCAGGUCGCCAACUUCCUGUGGCCGUUCAAGCUCUCGAACCCCAACGGCGGCUUCCGCACGCGCAAGGCCCCGCAGUGGAUCGAGGGCGGCGAGUCGGGCAAGCGCGAGCAGUUCAUCAACGACCUCGUCAAGAAGUGCAACUAA